GUUAAGGGAGUGCUGCAUGUCUAAAAAGACCUUAUUUUUCUUUUAACAAAUAAAAGAAAGAAAGAGUCUUUCAAAAAAGCAGUUAAAAUAAUAUCAUUUAAAUGCAGGAAGUGAUAAAAUACUAGAGACAAUUCAUCUUCAGAUGAAGAAAUUUAAAACAUGAGAUCUUCUCUGUGAUAUACAUGUUUCAAAUUGGACCAUUUUCCAGGUAAAGCGAGAAACCUCUGCAAAAACCCUUUAAAUUAGUUGAUUUAUGUACAACAUUUUAAAGCUGACACAACCAGCAUAAUGUCAACAAUUAUUUAAAACAGUAGAUUUGAAGAAUAAAGAACAAAUUGCAGUAAUUUCAAGUAGUCAUUCUAGAAAAUGUAUAGAGGUUGUGAGUUUCAACAAGACCAAAGUUGGAUGUGAGACUCUGGGAAUUUCUCAGCAAAGGUGAUUUUGUAGAAAAACCAUUCAGUGCAUAUAAAAAAUACCCCUAGAGGUGACUACAAUGCUAACAACAAUAUUUUGAAAUGAAGCUGAAAAAGACUCAUGUUCCCUUCAACAUAAUUACAUGUGGACACAUUCAAGAAUUCUGUAUGGCCUCAGUGUGCCGGGCCCAUUUUCCAGCAGAAAUACUUUUGCCUACAAAAUAUAUGGAAAUGUAUGUGAAUGUUUUCAUGUAUUUCCAAGGCAAAAGUAGUUGCCCUCCUUAAACCUGACACAAAAUGAAAUCUGACUGUAGGAAAUCUCACUCAGCAAAAUGACAGAACAAUUGGGCAAAUGCAUUCCUGAUGAACUUUAAAUGUGAAAUUAUAAUUGGACGAAUAAUUCAUUUGAUAUCAUUCAGAAAUAAACAAGGACUCGUAAAAAAAUAGAAAAGCGAAUUGGAUGGAAUUGGGCAGUUUUAUCUACUAUUGCUUCAGUACUAACCAUCAAUCACUGUCAGUUAAUUAUCAUUAAGAUUGCAUAAAAAAAGGCUCCAGUGGGAGUUGGAUAGGCUGUGAGUUUCAUUCUUUCAUUAAAAACAAGAUAAACAAUAAAAGCGUUGUUUUAAUUUUUGGUUUUAUUUGUUUUAUUUUUAUUUGCUUUGGUUUGUUUUUAUUAAUUUGGAUCUUUUUGUAUUCAAAGGAAUUAUGUGAAAAAGUGAAUACUGAAUAAUUGGUCUGAGAGUUACCAUAUGGGUUGCAGAGGCAAGGAAAUAGAACAAGGGAUUCAAAAUUAAAGAUGUUAUUUGUCAUGAAAAGUUUAAAGAUUUUUAAUUUCUUUCUUUUUUCUUUUCUUACAAAAUCCAAUUAAAUUGCUUUUCUAAGUAGGAAAACUUGCUGGAUUUUUUUUUUUAAUACUUGCUUUUUAAUUAACUGUACAGUUUUUAAGU